CAGUCUUUAUGAUUUCGACGGGAUUGCUCUACAUGUUCAAGUCAAUUGUGUUAAUAAUGAUAGAGGAUACAUCAAACUCGACUAGAUUGGCCGCAACGAAACUACCUUUCCGCGUGGAAUACGGUUACAGAAUAGAUCAGUACUUCUAUCCGAUAGUGAUUCAUUGUUAUCUAACCGUAUACUCUCAUGUGACCGCCACGGUUGCUGCUGAUACCUUCUACUUCGCUUUGAUUCAACAUGCCUGCGGGAUGUUCUCGGUUGUCGGUGGCUUCCAGACACAUGCUGGAACAUAUUGGCGAGGAUAUUAAUGAAAAUUUUAAUCUGAAACCCCACAAGAUGAAUGACAAUGAUUACAACAAAGCUUUCAGUUGCUUACGCAAACAUCUGCAUGUAAUAAAAUUCGCGGAACUGAUCGAUUCCACGUUUGCCAAUAUAUUCUUGGUCAGCGUUAGUUUGAAUAUGAUCGGUGGCAGUAUAUGCGGUAUUCAGGUGCUGAUGAAUUUAAAUGACACAAAAGACAUAGUAGCACCCCUCGCUAUUUACGUUGCUCAACUCACCCAUCUUUUCUUUCAAUUUUGGCAGGCUCAAUUUUUAUUGGAUUACAGCGUCGUUCCAUACGAAUCGAUGUAAGAAAUCAAAUCCUUUUGGGCACAUUUAAGAGCUCUCGUUAUCUUUUUGAAAU